AUGUGUCAUAUUUUGGCUGUCCUUAGUAUACAGAGAAUUUUUUCAAUCCUCGGAUCCAUCCUUUUACUCCUUGGUUUUUGGCGGUUGUUUGAAGUUGUAAGGAGAAAAAUAAUAAAGAAACACAGAGAAAUGUUCUUCAAGCGAAAUGGAGGUUUGUUAUUAGAACAAAGAUUAACUUCAGGUGAAGUUAAUGUUGACAAAGUUAAACUUUUCAACCUAAGGGAUUUAGAGAAGGCCACACAGCACUUUAAUGUGAACAGAGUACUUGGAAAGGGAGGUCAGGGUACCGUUUAUAAAGGCAUGUUGGUAAAUGGGACAAUUGUUGCGGUGAAGAAGUUUAAGGUGCAAGGAAAUGUUGAUGAGUUCAUCAAUGAAUUUGUCAUUCUUUCACAGAUUAACCAUCGAAAUGUGGUUAAGUUGUUAGGAUGUUGUUUGGAGACAGAGAUCCCUUUGCUUGUCUAUGAAUUCAUUCCUAAUGGCAACCUUUAUGAAUAUUUGCAUGGACAGAAUGAUGAGCUGUCAAUGACAUGGCACAUGCGCUUGAGAAUUGCCUCUGAAAUUGCAGGAGCUUUGUUUUACUUACAUUCAGCUGCUUCUCAUCCCAUUUAUCACAGAGACAUCAAAUCAACAAAUAUAUUGCUGGAUGGAAAGUAUAAGGCAAAGGUAGCAGAUUUUGGCACAUCAAGAAUGAUUCCCAUUGAAGCCACUCACCUCACUACAGUUGUUCAAGGAACUUUUGGAUACUUGGACCCUGAAUAUUUUCAUACUAGUCAAUUUACAGAAAAGAGUGAUGUCUACAGCUUUGGGGUGGUUCUUGUUGAACUUUUAACUGGGCAAAAGCCAAUAUCUUUGCUGAGGCCACAAGAAGCCAAAAGUUUAGCUCCAUAUUUCGUUCUCUGCCUGGAGGAAAAUCGUCUGUUAGAUAUUAUUGACGAAAGGGUCAUGGAAGAAGGGGAGAACCAACAUAUCAUUGCAAUUGCCAACCUUGCAAGUAAAUGCUUAGAGUUGAAUGGGAAAAAAAGGCCAACUAUGAAAGAAGUGGCAAUGGAAUUAGAAGGGACUCGAAAAUUGGUUGAAAGGAAGUCUAAUAUACAGGAACAUCAUGAAGUACUUGAGCCUGCUGGAAUUGAAGGCCACCAACCUUGGGCUCGGUACUCUACUUCAAAUGCAGGGUCACCUCUAAACAGUCAAACACCUACCACAGAAGUUGAGCCUAUUCUUACCCAUUAA